AUGCUGUACCGAGGAGUCCAUUCACUCAGCUUCUCGAGAGUACGCGCAAACAUUAACCAACCCUCACCUCUUUUUGAAUUCUUAAAUUGCGACCGAGCGAGAUAAGAUUUGUGAUAAGCAGCAUCAUUACGACGUGCUUUCCGUCGUGUGUUGACACCCUCCGGCACGUUUUAUUUUAUUUUCUCGGGUAGCUUUUGACAUUCAUAUCCUGUAAAACGGGAUACGGAUGCUGGAUGAUAUUCAAUGGGUCUCGUCGUUCUUUCUCAACUGAAAAGGAUGAAGGAAAAUUACAACUCGUCAUUAAUAAAUCUGUAAAAUGUGAUGACAUGAGAGACUGGCGAGCAGGCCUGCGAUGAGUUUGCAAUGGCCGGGCGACGUAGAUACUAAACAUUAUCAGUGUGUUGACAUAUCAUGAGUAACGCACUCAAUCUACUUGUGAAAAUUGUCGUCGUUGUGUCGACGCUUCACUGCUACCUGGCACAGCAGCAGAUUAAGAAUGCUUCCGCCCAAUGUGUCCUCCCUUUGGGUAUGGAAGAGGGAAAAAUUCCCGAUGAUGCCAUUUCUGCGUCUUCUAGUUAUGAAACCAAAUCUGUUGGCCCUCAGAAUGCCAGAAUACGUCAAGAAAAAAAUGGUGGAGCUUGGUGUCCAAAAGCACAGAUUAGCAAUGACAUACGAGAAUAUUUGGAAAUUGAUUUAACCAAGGACCACUUGAUUACAUGGACCGAGACACAAGGACGUUUCGGAAAUGGUCAGGGUCAAGAGUACGCAGAAGCAUUCUUUCUUGAGUAUUGGAGGGAUUCAAAGUGGCAUCAAUACAAGACUUUGAAAGGUGAUAGAAUUUUACGAGGAAAUAGUAACACGUACCUGGUGGAGCGGCAAAAACUAGAGCUGCCUUUUGUAGCAAGUAGGGUACGCUUUGUACCUUAUAGCCAGCAUCCACGAACCGUAUGUAUGAGGGUAGAGAUAUAUGGCUGCAUUUGGGAACAACGAAUUAUAAAGUACAAGAUACCUAGACCAGCAUCGUAUGGUCCAGGAGGUUCAAAUGUUGAAGAUAUGUCUUAUGAUGGUCGAGAAGAAGUGGGUGAUGGAUAUUUGAGUGGUGGUCUAGGUCAAUUAAUUGAUGGAAUGCUUGGUGAAGAUCCACGUGUAUCAUCAAGUCUAGCUCAUUGGGUAGGAUGGAGUGAUUUAAAUCCAGUUCCAAUUGAAUUUGAGUUUGCUGAGGAACGAGAGUUCAAUGUUUGUGUGAUAUAUGCAGCAAAUGCCCCAGUACGUGGCAUUGAAGUCUUUAAAAACGUAAAAGUUUGGUUCUCAGAAGAUGGAGAAACGUACGAAUCAUAUCCAGUUGAGCUAAGUAUUGAAGAAAAAUCAACUUAUUCACCAGGGAUUAUUCCAAUCAUCAUUCCUCUACGAUCGCGAAGUGGUAGAUUCGUCAAACUGGAACUCGAGCCGCGUUCCAAGUGGCUUCUCAUCAGUGAGAUUUCCUUCGAGAGCCUUACAGGAUCUAGGUCGAGUAAUUCGAGCGAGGACUCAAAGCAAUUGGAUUCUCCUGUUGGCAGAAACGAUUCAUUACCGGUGGUGGACUCAAUCCAACCACGAAACACGAAUACCAACUUCAGCAAUGUGGAAAUCAAUACCAACCAAACUCCAGACGCAUUUCCGGUUGGUCCACGAUGGUCGCAGACGUACAUCGGUUUGGUGUCCGGUGCUCUUACAGUUUUGGCUCUACUUCUCACCUGCACGGUCUUUCUGAUGAAACUUCGUGGACGAAAUAAGGUAGCUCUACUUCAAAAACACACGGCCCUGCUAUGUGGUACAAGUGCUCCAGGUAUAACAAUCAAUGUCAAGGACAUGAAGCUGCCAACGCCGAUAGUUGUCAAUGGGACACAAUCAAGACCAACUGGAAGCCUAAAAUCAUCGGGCAAAGGGCGAUCUGGGUCAGUAUCUAGUUACGACAUUGCCACGCUGAUGAGAGAGCAGACAUCCAAUCAACAACAUCAAGCCUGUGAUGUCAGCAGUGAAUAUGAACAUCGUAGUGUCUACGCCGAGAGCACCUACAAACUUCUCUUUCCAGAGGAGCGCUUCUCAGGAUGUAAAACAGACUACGCAGACGUAACAGACUUCACAAGCGAGACAGUAGCAGUGCCUGAGGGUGAGUCAAAUGAGCGACCACAACCACAGACUCCCUAUGCCCACAGGUCAUCCAAGCAUCAUGGAUAUUCAUCCAAGGGUCAUAAGGUCUACGAGGGAUACUAUGCCGCUACUGAUAUUCUCACGAUUAAAAAAAGGGAGCAGCAUACUGGUGCUAGCCUUUUUACGUCGCUUCUUAUUCAAGAUCGUGAUUCGGUUGAGACUUUUGAUAUUCAACAUAUAUCUAGACAUCGAUUAAGAAUCUUGGAUAAGGUUGGCGAGGGGAGCUUUGGAUUUGUUCAUCUUUGUGAAGCUAAAGGAAUUCAUAGUCCAGAUUUGGGAACUACUCGCAAUCGUCAAUUGGUUAUUGUUCGAUCACUUUGGCGUGGAGUUACUGACUCUUUAAAAAAAGACUUUAUGCGAGAUAUGUACAUCUUAGCUCAAAUUCGCGAUCCAAAUCUGACAAGAAUUGUUGCUCUUGUGGAAGAGGAACCUUUUGGAGCAGUCUUCGAAUAUGGGGAACUCGGAGAUUUGCCUAAUUUUAUUCGCAGUAAUGCAAAGUCAGACAACGAAACGUUAUUAAGUUACAAUCGAUUAUUAAAAUUUAUCACUCAUAUUGCCUCUGGCAUGAGAUACUUGGAGAGUUUGAAUAUAGCUCAUUGUGAUUUGGCUGCAAGAAAUUGCGUGGUGAGUAAGAAUCUAACCAUAAAGGUGUCAGAUCAUGCCAUGUAUUGCAGCAAAUAUGAUGGUGAGUAUUACGUGAACGAGUGCUACACUAAGAUACCUCUACGAUGGAUGGCAUGGGAGGCAGUAUUGCUGGGUAAAAGAAGCUGUCAAGCAGACGUUUGGUCUUACGCAACAACAAUUUGGGAAAUUUUCACGUACUGCGAAGACAUGCCAUUCUCUGAUAUGACAUCAGAACAAGUGCUAGAAAAUUGUGGAAAUUGGUAUCACUCAUCAUCACAAGAGAAAACACGCAUGUUACCGCAGCCAGCACUUUGCUCCAGAGAUCUUUAUCGUAUGAUGACAAAGUGUUGGAGUAAACGCGCCGAAGAUCGGCCAAGUUUUGAAGACAUUUAUGUCUUUCUCAAGCGACUAACACUAAAUGAGUAAGCAGAUAAGAGUCUUACUUGGCAUGUAGCAGGACCAAAAUAACUUGACACAAUCAGCUAUGAAGCAUUCACCUCUUUCUACAAUUAUCCACCCGUCGAGGGAUGCUCUGGCCACUAACUUAUGCUCAACUAGGUUUAUCUUCAUCCUGUAAGCAUAAUCAUAAAUUAAUAUUAAUUUUAAGCAUCUAUAUAGAUAAAAACUUUUUAUAAUUGAUCUCAAAUGCUAAUUUUCUUCCAUCAACAAAAAAAACUCCCCAAAUGUGAUUUUACAUACCAAAUGGAUUUCAAAAUUAAAUAUUUUAUAAGCACCCAUUAAAAAUUGAUAAAUAGAUUUUGAAUAUUUAGUUUCAAAUAUAAAAUACAUAGGAAUAAUUUGAUAUCAUUAAUAAGCAGUAUUGAUAGGGAAAGAGGAAUUACAAAUUGCUAUUAAAAAUUUAUCCAAUUAAUUGGAAUUCUAUAAAAUAAUGAGGAUAAUUAAGAAUCCUAAUGUCGUAUCAAUCUCCUCUCUUCUCUGUGCAUCUUCCUAUUAGAGUCAUUAGAAUCAGUCAAUAUGAUAGAUAAUAAUGAUAAAUAAUAAUAACAUGAAAUAUAAUAAUAAUAUUGGGACGUGGAGUUUAUAUAUAAAAUCUCGUUACUUUAAUAUAAUUUAAUACAACACAUGAAUAAGUAAUAAUAAAUGCAACUAUCAACAACGAUAAAUCUAAGAUAUAUCAGCGCUUCUGAGUAAGAUAUUCAGGUCGCAGUCACAUAUCCUUUAGUUUCAAUUAUGAAGAGAUAGAUAAACAAAAAUGUAUGGUAAAAAUAAUCGUGAUGAUCACAUUGAAGAAUAAUUAAUGUUCAAUUGAUUAUACAAAACUUGUUUCUAAGAGUAUUUUAAGGCUUUAAGAUGUAUGUAUGUGUGUAGUUGAGUGGAAACUUGUUGUAAAUUAUAUAUCUCUCCUCUCUUCUACCCAUCAAUCUUACUAUCAACUUUAUCAUCAUGAAAAAUCACGAAACACUGCUCAUGUUGACAACAAAUUCCUCAAAUAUUACGUGUUUCCUUUACUAUAUCCAAGUAAAUAUUAUAUUGAUUCAUUUAUGUUACAUGGUAAUAUAUACCUACAUAAACUGCGAUGUUAGGAAUCGAUUAUAAUUGUGAAAAGAUAAGUUGAAUGCUUUUUCACAUAUAAGUAUUGAGAUUUUUAUGAUUAAAAGAUAAGUUAAUUGAGUAAAGAAUUUUCUCAAAGUUACCGUUCCAUAAUUUUUGGCAAAAAAAAUUAUAAAUGAAUAAUUGAUAAUUGAUGAUGAAAAUUUAUUUCGCAGUUUAUGAUGUUGUUAUAAAAUUAUUGAAUCAAUUAUACGUGCAUAAAUAGGAUUUAUUAAUAAUAAUUUGUGGUAAUCAUUGAAUCGUGAUAUAUACAUGUCAUGUAACACAAAUGUGCAAAUCCUCUUUCGGAUUAUUCAUUUAUAAUAUUUGGAUUAUAUCAAUUUAAUGGUAACAUAUAAUGAACAGAAAAUAAUCAAUUAAAUUUAGUAUUACAUUUAAAAGUGACACAAUGAGAGGAAAAAUUAUUUUUAUCGAUAAAGAAAAUCCUUCAACAAGCAAAUCAUUUUUUUUUGGGAAAAAACUCCAUAAUUACU